UCCUCAGGUAGCGUAUUAUUAUUAUUAUUAUUAUUAGAGUUUAAAUGGUUUCAAUGUAUUAUGUAGGGUACCAACUCAGCGAACAUAAAUAUAUGCAACAGUAGAGUAAUUGUAACAUAAAUUUUGCGCGUUUUGCAUUAUUACUUAGCUUAAGGUGGUGCAACAAAUACGAAACCUAAGGCUCAAACGUCCGCCUUGCGUUGCUAAUAAUAUGUAUGGACAUUAUAUUGUUCAAGAGUAGUUUCGCAAAUGUUUCGUAGAACGUUGCGAAAAUAUUUAGAAUUCAGUGUACGCAAAUCUUGAGGAACGUUUUUCACUACAUUUAUUAACUCUGUCGCUCUGUCGGUGUAAGAUUCACCACUGUCAAUAUACAAAAAUAUUAAUAUAGGUUUUGUUUAAGAUGGACGACUUAUACAAAUUUAUGGUGGAACGAGGUGUCGCAGAGCAGUCAAUCGUUUAUUUUAAAGCAGAAAACAUUGAUAGCGUAGCCUUGCAAAUAAUAGAUGACGAUAAAUUAAAAGAAUGGAUACCUCGCUAUGGUGAUCGUGUGGCAAUAAAAGAUUAUUGUAGGCAAAAAACUUGUGCACGUAGAUCGAGUCUCAUAGAACGAUUGAGGCUAAAACUACAAUCAAAAGAUACUAAAACUUCUGGAAACGAUAACAAAAAAGUACAAUUCUCUAGAAAAAAUACGAGGAUUAUUGAAAUUGGGUGGCUGUGCAAUGAUAAUGUGAAACAAAAACUGACACAAGUCAGAGCAAAACAAGGGGGUGGUACUAGAAAAUUAUCUGUUCCUAAAACGUGCUUAGCGAAGGACAUCUUUGUACAGAGUCAAAAUUUAUUCUUCCCUGAUGGAAAAUCAACGAAAGGUAAUCUUGAUGAAUUCAGAAACUCUUUGCUGGAUUUUAAACAACAUCCAAUAGAGGACUCAGCAACUGUGGACAGUCUGUUUAAAGAUACCGGAAUCACACGCCUCAGAUUUUACCUUGCUUCAGAGUCUCUCAUUCCAAAACAACCUUCAAAUGGUACUAAUCAGGCUAACAAAUCCAGCAUGUUUAUGACGAGUGAUGACAGCGAUAUUGAAGAUGUCCUAGCCAGCAACCUACCGUCUACAAGUAGUAAUUUACGAAGAUCGUCUCGUUUGGAGAAUUCUGAAAAUAAUAUCACUAACUACUAUCAGCAUUUUUAUGACACGGAAGCUCUCGAGGACCAAGGAAUGUUAUUGAAUAACAUUCCAAUUGAAGAUACAUUCAGUUUGGAUUUAACUGCAUUUGACGCUGAUCGUUACAAUUUAUCCCCUGAUCCUGUCCAAAACGUAGGAACCGUCAUUGCAGGUGUUAGCAAUAAUAUUUUAGUAGAAACAAAGUUAUUACGACUUCAUCGGGGAAAAAUUUUUGAGGAAUUGAUUAAAGCAUUUGAAGAUGAAACAUUUGCAACGUAUAACUUGCAAGUCGAAAUGAUAUUACCAAAUGGAGAUAUAGAGAUUGCUUCGGAUAUGGGAGGCGUCUUGCGGGAUGCCUUAUCCGAAUUUUGGCAAGAUUUUUAUGAAAAGUGUACGUUGGGAACUACUAUGAAAGUACCAUACAUCAGGCAUGAUUUUGGAGAAAUUCAAUGGAAAGCUGUAGCUAGAAUUGUAGUGUUUGGGUGGAAAAGUCAAAAAUAUUUUCCUAUCAGGAUUGCCCCAAUUUUCAUGCUCAGUUGUCUAGGUUAUGAUUCACCUGAAGAAAAGUCAUUGAUACCCAAUUUUCUAAAGUACAUCAGCGAAUCAGAAUGUGAGUUGUUAAAAAAUGCAGUAGAUAAUUUCGAUGAUACUAAUAAAGACGAUCUUCUAGAAAUAUUAAGCGGUUUUGACACUAAAUGGUUACCAAGCAAAGACAACAUAAAACAAUUAAUUAUUGAUAUCGCGCACAAAGAAAUAAUACAGAAGCCAUCUUUCGUGGCAAAAUGCAUUAGACCCCACCUAGAGAGCGUUAUUACAAAAGAUGAUUUAGAGAAAAUUUAUGGUGACUUGGAACCAACCACAAAGAAUAUACUUGGUAAAAUAGAAAUUAAAAAAGACCUUAUAAUGACUGCUAACAUGACUAAAGUUUAUGAUUAUCUCAAAAGAUAUAUCAAAGAAAUGGAUCUGAAAACAAGGUCGGCCUUUUUAAGGUUUUGCACUGGAUCCGAUUUGAUUACCAGGAUUAUUGAGGUAUCUUUUACGACAACAAACGGAUUUCAACGAACACCUGUGGCUCAUACAUGUACGGGACUAUUGGAACUGCCUUGCACUUAUGACAGCUUUGUUGAUUUUAGGAGUGAGUUCAACAGCCUCCUUAACUCAAACAUAUGGGUUAUGGACAUAAUAUGAAGUGCAUGAUGUAAAAUUAAAAUUAUUUUAUAGCUGAAUUUAAUUUUGUUUCAGAAUUUUGGUGUUUUAUUUAUCUAUGUUUUGUUGAAAUCGUUAGAUAUGUAUUAUUGUUAGUCCGCAUUUAUUUAAA